AUGUCGCCCCGAAUUGUGAAGGGGAAUAUGACACAAUCCCAGGCAUUGUUUUAUGAGAGACAAAGGACAUUUGGAGCCGGAGGAGGUCUUGUGAUGACAGACCCAGCGGAUGUGGGAUGUGAUGUGAUCGCUGGCUCUGAGGAGAGAGAGGAACGGUGGGCCCAGGAAUGUGGGCUGCUUUUGGAGGCUGAAGAGGUCACGGCUGGGCAGGCUUUCAGAAAGUUUCUCCUGCUCUUUGAUGGAGUAUUGGUUGAAAGGAGUGCCGCCGAAACCGUGACCAAAGGUGACAUUAUCCUUCUGGAAAAGUCUCAAGGAAAAGUAUUGCAUGGAACAGUAGUGGCUGUAGGAUCAGGUGCCAAAGGAAAGGGUGGAGAGAUUCAGUCAGUCAGUGUGAAAGUCAGAGACAAAGUUCUUCUCCCAGAAUACGGAGGCACCGAAGUAGUUCUAGAUGACAAGGAUUAUUUCUUAUUUAGAGAUGGGGACAUUCUUGGAAAGUAUGUGGACUGAAAUCACUGUUGAAAUGGUGUCACAUGAAGCUGCCCAUUCCGCUGACGGUCUGAACUCUUCAUCAUGUAAACAAUUUCUACGCCUCCCUUUUAUAAUAAACUGGUG